AUUGCUUUCCGCUUAUAUCUUCACAAAUUAAGACUGGUGGAAAAUGGCUAUCAAAAGUGCUGGUGGAUCCAUUGUAUCUAAGAUAGCAGAAGUCUUGGUGGAACCAGCAAUCAAGCAGUUCCGUUAUAUGUUCUGUUUCAACAAUUUUGUUCAAGAAUUCAAUGAACAAAAGAUGAGCCUGGCUUUGGCACUUUAUCGUCUACAAGAUGCUGUCGACGUUGCUAAAAGGAAUACUGAAGAGAUUGAGAUUGAUGUCAACAAAUGGCUGGAAGAUGCAAAAAACGAAAUUGAAGGUGUGAAUCGUUUGGAAAAUGAAAAGGGAAAAAAUGGCAAAUACUUUACUUGGUGUCCAAAUUGGAUGCGACAAUUCAAGUUAAGCAAGGCACUGGAAAAGAAGACAGAGACUUUGCGAAAGCUUGAAGACAAUAGCAAAAAGUUUCCCAAAGUGUCCCACAAAGCACCUCUUCAAGACAUAGAAUUUCUUCCAUCAGAGGGACUCACACCCUCGGAAUCGUCAAAAGAAGCUUUCGAACAGAUUAUGAAAGCUCUCGAAGAUGACAACGUCAAUAUGAUUGGACUGUACGGCCUGGGAGGGGUGGGUAAAACCACCCUGAUGAAAGAAGUAUGCAGGAGUGCCAAAGAGUCGCAGCUGUUUGAUGAAGUUUUGAUGGCUACACUGUCCCAGAAUCCAAAUGUCAUAGACAUUCAGGAUCGAAUGGCAGAUAGUUUAGGUCUGCAUCUUGACGAAAAGACAAAGACCAAGGAAGGGAGAGCAGAUCGAUUGUGGCAGAGACUGAAGACAGAGAAGAAGAUGCUUAUUAUCCUGGAUGAUGUUUGGAAAGAUAUUAACUUGAAAGAGAUAGGGAUCCCAUUUGGUGAUGCUCACAGGGGUUGUAAAAUUCUUCUAACAACACGUCUUAAAGACAUAUGUUCUUAUAUGGAGUGCCAGCCAAAAGUGUUCUUAAGUCUCUUAUCAGAAAAUGAAGCAUGGGCUUUGUUCAAAAUCAAUGCAGGUUUACGUGACGCGGACUCUACCUUGAACUCAGUGGCAAAGAAGGUUGCGAGAGAAUGUCAAGGACUGCCUAUAGCACUUGUGACAGUGGGAAGGGCUCUAAGAGAUAAAUCUGAUGUUGAGUGGGAAGUGGCGUCCAAAGAGCUCAGAAACUCUCAAUUUCGGCACAUGGAACAAAUUGGUGAACAAAAAAAUGCAUAUUCAUGUCUUAAGUUGAGCUAUGAUUAUUUGAAGCACGAGAAAACCAAGUUAUGUUUCUUGCUAUGCUGUUUAUUUCCAGAAGAUUACAACAUUCCAAUUGAGGACUUGACGAGAUAUGCAGUUGGCUACGGGUUACAUCAAGAUGUGGAGUCCAUUGAAGAUGCAAGGGAAAAAGUUCAUGCGGAAAUAAGAACCCUCAAAGAUUGUUGUAUGCUGUUAGGCACUGAAACUGAAGAGCGUGUGAAAAUGCAUGACUUGGUUCGUGAUGUUGCUAUUCAGAUAGCAUCAUCUAAAGAAUAUGGAUUCAUGGUAAAUUCAGGCCUUGGGUUGAAGGAGUGGCCAAUGUGCAGUAAAAGCUUUGAAGGUUGCACAGCAAUUUCGUUAAUGGGCAAUAAAUUAGCAGAACUUCCUGAAGGUUUGGUAUGUCCACAGCUCAGAGUUGUAUUAUUAGAACUGGAUCGUGGUUUGAAUGUUCCAGAGAGGCUUUUUGAAGGGAUGAAAGAAAUUGAAGUUUUGUCCCUAAAGGGAGGGUGUUUGUCAUUGCAGUCACUUCAAUUCUCGACGAACCUUCAAUCGUUGCUGUUGAUGGAGUGUAAAUGCAAGGAGCUCAUUUGGUUGAGAAAGCUGCAAAGGCUUAAGAUUCUUGGUUUUAUAGGGUGCGACUCCAUUGAAGAAUUACCUGGUGAAAUGAGGGAGCUCAAGGAGUUGAGGUUGUUGGACGUGACAGGUUGUAGAAAUCUAGGAAGGAUUCCCGUGAAUUUGAUUGGAAGCUUGAAGAGGUUAGAAGAACUGCUAAUCGGGUGUUACAGCUUUAAGGAAUGGGAUGUCGUUGGGACAAGCAGGGGAGGAGUGAAUGCGAGCCUAACAGAACUAAACUCGUUGUCUCAUUUAGCUGUAUUAUCAUUGAGGAUACCGAAGGCUGAAUGCAUUCCCAGAGAUUUUGUUUUUCCCAGGUUGCUCAAAUAUGAUAUUUGGGUGUUAGGGAAUGGGUAUUCAGAACUUGAUAAUGAAUACCCAACUGCAAAGACAAGAUUAUGUUUGGGUGAAAUCAGCGCCACAUCCUUAAAUGCGAAGACAUUUGAGCAAUUGUUUCCUACUGUGUCUCAAAUUAGUUUUCAUAGAGUGGAGGGUUUGGAAAAUAUAGUAUUGUCCUCUGAUCAGAUGACCACCCAUGGCCAUGGGUCUCGAAAGGACUUCUUGCAAAGAUUAGAACAUGUCAAAGUGAAUGGAUGUGGGGAUAUUCGCACUCUGUUUCCAGCUAAAUGGCGGCAAGCUUUGAAAAAUCUAAGGGGUGUGGAAAUUAAAGACUGUAAAUCAUUGGAAGAGGUUUUUGAAUUGGGCGAGGCUGAUGAAGGAAGCAGUGAGGAGAGGGAGCGGUCGUUGUUGUCAUCUUUAACAGAGCUACAACUGUCCUGCUUACCUGAGCUCAGAUGCAUAUGGAAGGGGCUCACCGGGCAUGUCAGCCACCUAAGUCUUGCUCAUCUGAAUUUGGAUUCUCGCGACAAACUGACAUUUAUCUUCACACCGUCCCUCGCUCAAAGUCUACCACAGCUAGAAACACUUAAGAUAAGAAGUUGUCGUGGAUUGAAGCAUCUUAUCAGAGAAAAUGAUGAUCAAAGUGAAAUAAUUCCAGAGUCUCUUAGCUUCCCGAAGUUAAAAACUCUCCUUAUAGAAUACUGUGGUCACCUGGAAUACGUCUUCCCUGUCUCUGUGUCUCCGAGUCUUCUGAAGCUGGAACAGAUGACUAUAGUUACUAGCAAUUUAAAGCAAAUAUUUUACAGUGCAGAAGGAGAUGCUGUCACCAGAGGUGGCACCAUCAACUUCCCUCGGCUAAGAAAAUUGUCUCUUUCAAAUUGCAGCUUCUUUGGUCCAAAGGAUUUUGCUGCCCAGUUGCCUUCUUUGCAAGAGUUAACCAUUGAUGGCCACGAAGAAUCGGGUAAUUUGUUGGCACAGCUCCAAGUACGUCCUUUAUACUUCUCCAAGAUUUUUUUUCUUUUCUAAU